CAAUGCACCUCCAUCCACUUUCACGUGUAGCAUAUACCUUACAUCGCGCUCGCUAUAUCCGUACUAAACAUCAAGAUCAUUUUUCACAAUUAAAGCCUGCAAAUGUGGUAAUAAUAUCAUUACGCCCUCUUCUGAAUUCUCUGAGCAUCUUUCAGCUGUUCAUUCACCCUUUAACUUGGUCUUUUGCACUUUGCAGGACGACGACGGUCAGAGUAAAUUUACUCACUCUGUUUCAUAGUCAUCGCGACGGUUUCAUUAAAAAAAAAAGUCAUCGCGACGUGUCACAAAGUGAAGCAUUUCAAUCAUCAUUGUCCCUUUGCCAUGGCUACGCUGUAAUUCCAAAUGUAGUAGUCUCGGACAGUUGGACCAAGUUCUUUCAGAGCCCCAUGACCGUGAUCACUUUUCCGGGCACCUAUGCUAGGCACGUGCCCCGUGGCACGCGACGCAAGUAACCCAUAUAUGCCUAUCUUUCACAUACAUAGUGGCAUAGCUAUAAAUAACAAGAAGACUAGAGUUCUAGACUGGAUUAUUAGUUGCAAUCAAACCUCUCUGCUUACUACUACUACCUGUCGGCCGGAUCCAUGGCGGCGGCAGCCGGUGGCGGGAGCGGCAGAAGGGCGUGGGUGGUGGACGUAGAGAGGACGCUGGACGAGGCCGACGCGUCGGUGGAGGUGUCGCGGUGGCAGCGCCACUGCAUCUACCGCGUGCCGGCGUGCAUCAAGGACCUCAAGCCCAAGGCGUACCGGCCGCAGGUGGUGUCGCUGGGCCCCUUCCACCACGGCGACCCCGAGCUGCUCCCUAUGGAGGAGCACAAGCGCCGGGCGCUGCGGCACCUGCUGCGCCGGGCGAAGAGGUCUCUGGAGGAGUUCGUGGCCGCCGCGGAGGAAGUCGCCGAGCCGCUGGAGAGCGCGUACAUGGACCUCGGCGACCGGUGGCGCGGCGAGGAGGGGAGGGAGCGGUUCCUGGAGAUGAUGAUCGUCGACGGCUGCUUCUUGCUCGAGGUGAUGAGGGCCGCCGGCCUCGCCGGGAGGAACACCGGCGGCGACUACGCGCCCAACGACCCCAUCUUCAGCCACCACGGGGUGCUCUACGUGGUGCCCUACAUCCGCCGCGACAUGCUCAUGCUCGAGAACCAGCUGCCGCUGCUCCUGCUGCAGAAGCUCGUCGCCGUCGAGACUGCCAGGCCUCCGAACGACGACGUGAUCAACAAGAUGGUGCUAAGGUUCAUGUCCCCGGCGUCGCGUCUGCCGCCGGUUGGCAGCAAUCUUGGUCUCCACCCGCUGGAUGUUCGCCGCCGGAGCAUGCUCUACGGUCCCUACCAGGACUCGCCGCGGUCGCGGGACAUCGUGCCGGAGACAGACAUCAUCCGGUCGGCGCUGGAGCUGUACGAGGCCGGGAUCCGGUUCAAGAAGAGCAACACGGACAGCUUCCACAACAUCCGGUUCCGGCACGGCGUGCUCACCAUGCCGGCGGUGUCGGUGGACGACUCCACCGAGUACAUGUUCCUGAACAUGAUGGCGUUCGAGCGGCUGCACGUCGGCGCCGGCAACGACGUCACGGCGUACGUCUUCUUCAUGGACAACAUCAUCGACUCGGCCAAGGACGUGGCGCUGCUGAGCACCAGCGGCAUCAUCCAGAACGCCGUCGGCAGCGACAAGGCGGUGGCGCAGCUGUUCAACAGCAUCUCCAAGGACGUCGUGCUCGAGCCGGACAGCGCGCUCGACGCCGUGCACCGGGAGGUGAACGCCUACUGCCGGAAGCCCUGGAACCUGUGGCGCGCCAACCUGAUCCACACCUACUUCCGGAGCCCCUGGGCGUUCAUGUCCCUCGCCGCCGCCGUGUUCCUCCUCGUCAUGACCGUCAUGCAGACCGUCUACACCGUGCUUCCGUACUACCAGAAGGACCAAGCCAACAACAGCUCUACCGUAGCACCGGCUCCAAUGUGAUCUUGCAGCUCAUCAGCUUCUGCGUUGAUAUACAAGCGUGCCGGCACCAUGUACAUCAUAUCGGAGACCUGUUUGACAUUGUUUUUUCAGUUUUGCUUUGAUUGUUAAGUUGCUCUGUGUUGAAUAAUGUUUUGGAUUUGUUCGAUUCUUUUUUUGGGGUUUGGUUUGAGUUGGUCAAUGAAGAUUUCAAGUUUGGGAAAAUAAUGGUGUUGCUAUUGUACAUAACAGAGCCUGUUUUUGAUUGAACAAAAAUACACUCCUACAUAGCACUGG